AUGAAGUACAAACCGGAUCCGCAAUUCCUACCAGAGCACAAACACCGGAGAGGGAUAGCGACAUCAUACCUUCGUGCCACUACCAAGGACUAUUACCAAGCCCCUCAGCAGAUCCCACACAGUCAACAGAGCGUCCCCCUCAGCGGCAGGAGCAGUACUGUAGAGCAUACAGCGCAAGAACCGACCUAUCCGCCGGCAGUAUACAAUGAAAAGCCAGCAGAUGCAUCAGAACCUCGGACGACGAGACGAUCAAGGCUAUCUCGAUUCUCACUUUUUCCUUCAAGAACGAAGCCCGAGGCUACCGAGCAGCCUAUCAAUGAGAAAUCUGACGAGGCACCCAAGAAAUCUGAUGAAGCACCCAAGAAGAUCCCCAAAGCCAAAGAAGAUCUCGGCUUCUUCGAACGACAGUGGAUCCAUUUCAGAGGAAAAUACUACCAGAAAGGCGCACCAGACCUGGUUUUCCCAAGUCCACCUGACGACAAAGAAAAGUACUGCUACAUCAACAUGAACCGCAUCCCGCUCAUGGCAUGGGGCGUCUUCUCCUUCUUCAGUCUCGGCGCAGGCAUGUGGCUCUUCCUCCUCGCGACCCCAGUAUGGGCCUGGUACGGGCUCUUCGCCGUGCUCGCCCAAUUCUACCUCGUCACCUCCUACGGCAUCAGCUGCAUCGGCAAAUCCUUCAAACGCGACGCGCACGACGAGAUCCUGCGCAACAACCCCGUCGGGCCCGACGCACCCACAAUCGACAUCUACCUUCCCGUGUGCCGCGAACCCAUCGAAAUCAUCGAAAACACCUGGAAAACCAUCAUCCAACUCCAAUAUCCCGCCGACAAACUCAAAGUCUGGGUCCUGGACGACGGCGCGCAAACCUCAAUCCAAGACCUCGCGGCCCGCUACGGUUUCGAGUACAUCUGCCGCGACGACCGACCGCACCUCAAGAAAGCCGGCAACAUGCGCUGGGCCUACGCGCGCACAACGGGCGACUUCUUCACCGUCUUCGACGCCGAUUUCUGCCCCCGCCCAGACUUCCUCCUCGAAACAAUCCCCUACCACCUCGCGGACCCCAAAAACGCCAUCGUGCAGACCCCGCAGUAUUUCCGCUCGCUGAAGGCCCAGACGUGGGUCGAGCAGGGCGCGGGGUCCGUGCAGGAGUUCUUCUACCGCGUCGUGCAGACCACGCGCGAUACAUGGGGCGCGUCGAUCUGCGUGGGCAGCAACGCCGUCUACCGCCGCGAAUCCCUCGUCGCCGUCGGCGGUACCGCCGAAAUCGCGUUCUCGGAGGAUGUGCACACGGGAUAUCAUGCGGUCGAUCGUGGCUGGAAGGUCAAAUACGUGCCCGUGGUGCUGGCGUGUGGGAUCUGCCCUGAUACGCCGCGCGCGCUGUUUUCGCAGCAGAUGCGCUGGUGUCGCGGCUCCACUACCCUGCUGUCCAAUAAGGAGUUCUAUAAGAGUAAUCUGACGAAGAUGCAGAAAUUCUGCUAUGUGACGGGCUUUCUGUACUAUUCGGCCAGCGCGGCGGCGAUCUUUAUGAAUCCCUUGCCUGGCCCGCUACUGUUGUGGGUAAGGCCGGAUUAUUUCAAGUAUUACAACCUCUUCUUCGCCAUCCCGUCGCUCGUGUACGGUGUUAUCAUCCUCAGGCUCUGGGCCCGCAGCAAUUACAAUUUGAACGUGCAGUUCAGUAAUGUGAUCAUGUACUAUGCGUACGUCAACAGCAUCUUCGACCGCAUCAGGGGCAAUGCGCUCAAUUGGGCUGCGUCGGGCGAUGCGAAGGCGCACAAGAAUAAUAAAUAUCGGAAUAUGCGCUUGUUGUGUUGGGGGUGGACGAUCACGCAUAACACGGCGCUGUUCGUGGCCGUGGGGUAUAGGUUGGCCAAGGGCUUCCCGUAUUAUCAGGUCAUUCCGCUGAUACUCCUGGAUUUGUUCAAUCUUUAUUGCAGCUCCUCAUCCAGCAACAGUCUUUCACCGAACAUUUUGCACACUGAAAGCGGAGUCAACCUCCCAGACCUGAGCACGUCGAUAUCAAGAUCGUUUUCUUCUCAAUCCUCAAAACGAGAUGAGGCAACAUCUCAAUCUACACCAAGUCCAACUAUCGCGAUAUCAGGCUCAAGCCUUAGCAGUUCAGCUCUCCCCACUACCACACAAUUAUCGCAACUCUUGAUCGCUCCCCAGAUUGCACCAGGUGGUGACUCAGAAAAUCGAACAAAUGAACAUGCGGUUGUUGCCGAUGACGGUUUCGUCACAGCGAAUGGAACAAGCAAUCAGGAUUGCAGCAAAUCCACAACUGGCUUCUUUACCGGCGGAUCAGGAGUGCUGAGCCUCCUCGAUGAUAAGGAAUCGAUCUAUUCAGUAGACUAUGGUGUGCCAUUUGCGCCCUUCAUCCCCUCAAGGACUAAACAUGCAAUCUCUUCAUUUUGGCGAAUGGAAAACAAUACUUUGCGAUGGGACAAUGCAGCGUUUCUCGGCGGUACCGCUAGAUUUUGUCUCUCUGCUGGGAACAACAUUACUGCGUACUUUCUCAUCGGCCUGCCUGAGGACUGCAAUGCGAUACAACUUCAAGUCAAACCAGGUACGAUGAUAGACGAUUAG